AGGGUUUGGCUCAAUUGACAGGACACAUCAUGGCGCAGUCCAGUGAGGAGACGCAGGUGACGCAGGAGGCGCAGGACCCCAAGCCCCAGCGAUGCGCGCUCAAGACGAGGCUGGGUCAUCAGCUUCCUCACCGAGUCUUCUUGGACAACUGGCAGUCCGGACUUACCGUGGCGAUGGUGAGUGUCCCCUUGUCCAUCUCCUUGGGUAUCGCCUCCGCCGGCGGCGACCCGAGCGCACCUUUGAUGGGCGUUUCCACGGCCUUUUGGGGCGGCCUUUGCGCUUCGAUCUUCAGCUCCAGCGACUUCAACAUCAUUGGCCCAGCGGGAGCUUUAAGUGGAAUGCUCAAUGCCGCCACCAUCAAGUUCGGUGGAGCUGAGGUGCUGCCGUACCUGUCAUUAAUUUCAGCAGGAUUCAUUUUCCUCAUCUACUUGCUUGGCCUGCAACGAUACUUGCUGUUGAUGCCCACAGCGGUGUUUGAAGGUUUCACCUUGGCGGUGGCCUUCAUCAUCGGCCUUGGACAGCUCGAGAUGGCUUUGGAUUUGUCCCCUGAUGGGCCCAAAUCUGAGCACUUUCACGAGAAUUUGAUCCGCUCGCUCGAGGCGCUCCACGGCUACAGCUUGGCACCUGCCAUCCUAUUCUUCGUGAUGACUGCAUUGCUGCUGGCACUGGUGAAAUAUGCUGGGAAGAUCAAGGGAAGGUCAGUGCCGUGGACGGUGCUGAUCCCAAUCUUCACGAUCCUGUUGGGCUAUUUGUCGGACCAGAAGAUGUUGGGAGGCAUCGUGCUGCCCACUUUGAAGGACAAGUACGGUACCUUGAAGCCCAGGGUGGUGGAAGCGCCCUCAACGCCCUUGGCAGAGUUCGCUGAGGGUCAGGUGAUUGAGCUUAUCCGCACCGCCUUCGGCAUUUCCUUCGUGGCAGUCCUCGAGACGUUGAUCUCGGCCAAGAUCGCUGAGCAGAGGAUGAACUAUCCCUUUGACAGCAGCCGGGAGACUCUGGGGCUCAUGGUUUGCCACGCUGUGUGCGGAGCGGUGGGGGCAUUGCCGCCCACGGGCGUGUUCGUGCGAACGUCCUUGAAUGUCCAACUUCGAGCGACGCAUCGGAUGUCUCAGAUGAUCAAUGCCAUUGCGGUCUUUUUGAUCUUCGUUGUGGCCAUGCCAGUGUUUUCCUACCUUCCACAGGCUGCAGUUGCAGCGUUGCUGGUGUUUGCUUCCAUCAAGAUGGCACCAGUUCACUAUAUCGCGAUGCUUUGGCGCAGUGACCGGAGGAGCUGUUUCCUUCUCAUCAUGACUACUUCCAUUUGUGUCUUCUUGGACCCAGUCUAUGGUUUGGUGGUGGGCAUGGUGGUCGCUCUUCUGAGGGAUGCGGCGGAGACCGCGCGCGCCGAGUCGAGGGUGACCUUGGACAAAGCCGCGGUGGAGGUGAGCAGUACCGGCACACCCCUCAGUGACCAUGGUGUGCUCUCCAAGUGGGCCACUGCUUCCUUUGAUCAUGGUGCAAACCUCGCCGUGAAACCCUCACCACUGGCGACUCUGAAUCACUUGGUCCAACACUUUGCUUGUGGCAAACCUCGAAAGCAGAUGGACAACGACCUCCACAAUCACGACUACGAGAGUGCGGUGCUCUACGAGCCCAUGGGUUCAAUGACCUUCUUAUGCGCGAGCAAGCAUUUGUCACGCUUGCAAGCACUGGCGAGGAAGAACCCGCCGUGCAUCAUCGUCUCCUUGGAGCAUGUCACCCGCAUCGAUAUCGAUGGCUCUCAGACCUUAGCGAAGGCAGCGCAGGAGAUCAAGGCCCAUGGCUGCGAAGUGGCGUUGGUGGUGCCUGACUUGCUUUUGAAUGGGCCCAUCUUGAAAAAGGCGGCAUGGGUCAGUGAGUUUAAAGGUGAUGGCCACCUAUACAGUUCGGUGGCAGAAGCAAAGGCGGAGUGCUCGAUUUAAGGUUCCUGCGUACCGCAGAUGACAAUUAGAUCAGAGGCAGCUUGCGUGGAGCACAAGGCCACACACGCAACGAAUGUUUAAACCUCUACUUGCAUGCGCGCCGGCCAUGCGCGCUUGUAGCCGCAAACAGGGACUGCCAGGUGAUGAAUGUCUUGUUUCAGCUGAAAAUGUUCUCCAGAAACUCUAAGGUUCCACAACGGUCGGCCCUGGCGGAGUUUCGAUUUCAUGGUCUUGCUGUGCUUUGCCGCAAGCCAUUUCAAAGGUUACCAAGACCAGGCAUUCGGGUUCCAACAGACCUGGGCUGGUCAACUAGGGGUGCUCGAGGCGGAAGUCAAUCCCC